AUGGAAACUGGAGCGAGAGCUGGCUGUGUUAGCAUCUUUAGCAUUAGCUCCGGAGAGAGAGGCGGGGAGAGCAGAGAAGAAGAACCUAUACAUAGUCGAGACCCGGUGGAGAUCCUUAUCCCCCGGGACAUUACUGAUCCCCUCAACCUAAACAGUGGUAUAGCAGACAGCAGCUGUCUAGUUUCCCCCUACAAAAGUGGCGGCAAAAGACGACACCGUAACAGGCAUCAUGGAGUGUCACUGCGCAUCUCCAGGGGGCCCAUAGCUGCCCCUCCUUUGACAGAGGUAACCACUCCCCAGCCUGGACACUUUCCCUCCAAUGUGUCAUUUGUAAAGGCUAAUUAUGUUCUGGAAAAGGACCAUCUUCUUGUGACUCAGCGUCCAGAAUAUGAUGUUAUUCUGUGUCUAAGUGUAACCAAAUGGGUUCACUUGAACUGGGGUGACGACGGCCUCAAGCGCCUGUUUAAAAGAGCUUACAGGCAUCUGCGUCCAGGAGGCAUCUUUAUCUUGGAACCCCAGCCCUGGGAGUCAUAUGGCCGCAAGAAGAAACUCACAGAUGUUACUUACAGAAACUACCGCAACAUCAGCCUGAAACCAGAGCAGUUUACAUCCUACCUCACUAAUGAGGUGGGAUUUACAAGUUAUCAGUAUCUUGGCGCUCCCAAAACUGCAGUCAAAGGUUUUCAGAGGCCUAUCUACUUGUUCAACAAAUGA